ACAGCUCACAAACACAUGAAAAUCUACAACACCCUCAACAACUCCAACAUCUUUACUGGCUUCAUCCUCUUGGGCUUCCCUUGCCCCAGGGAGGGUCAGAUCCUCCUCUUUGUGCUCUUCUCUAUUGUCUACCUCCUGACCCUCAUCGGGAAUGGUUCUAUCAUCUGUGCUGUGUGCUGGGAUCAAACAUUCCAUACUCCCAUGUACAUCCUUCUUGCCAACUUCUCCUUCCUCGAGAUCUGCUAUGUCACCUCCACUGUCCCCAACAUGUUGGCCACCUUCCUCUCUGAGACCAAAGUCAUCUCUUUCUCUGGGUGCUUUCUCCAAUUCUACUUUUUCUUCUCUCUGGGUUGUACAGAAUGCUUUUUCUUGGCGGUUAUGGCAUUUGAUCGAUACCUUGCAAUCUGCCAGCCUCUACACUAUCCAACCAUUAUGACUGGACAACUCUGCACCAAUUUUGUAGUCAAUUGCUGGGUGUUUGGUUUCCUCUGGUUCCUGAUUCCUAUUAUCAUCAUCUCCCAGAUGGCCUUCUGUGGAUCCAGGAUAAUUGAUCACUUCCUAUGUGACCCAGGUCCUCUUCUAGGACUCACUUGCAAAAGAGCUCCUGUGAUGGAGCUUGUCUUCUCCACCUUAACUCUUCUGCCCAUCAUUAUUCUCUUUCUCUUCAUCAUGGGGUCCUACUCUCUGGUCCUAAGAGCUGUACUAAGGGUCCUCUCAGCAGCUGGACAAAGAAAAGCCUUUUCCACCUGUGGGUCUCACCUGGCUGUGGUUUCACUUUUCUAUUGCUCAGUACUGGUCAUGUAUGGGAGUCCAACAUCUGAGCAUGAAGACAGAAUGCAGAAAAUUGUGACCCUGUUUUAUUCUGUUGUGACCCCUCUCCUUAACCCUGUGAUAUACAGUCUUAGGAACAAAGAUAUGAAAAGAUCCCUGCAGAAAUUUCUGAGAAUACAAAGAAAGUGCUAAUCAAAAAGAUUCUUGAGCAAUGUUAAACUCAUACGUAACCUCUUAUUUGGGUUAAAAAAAGAAAAACAGGUGUCAUUCAUAUACUUAUUCAUCCUAGUAUUGAUCCAAACCUUAA